CCCGAAUCUUGUUGAAGCCUAUCGCAGAACUUUCCGUCCCUUACAAUGCGUGGUGUGCCUGGCCUCAACCUGGACAAAGUGCAGCCUGUCAUGGACGCGCCGCCAAUUAAGCCGCGAGAGGUUGCACCCUUCCUUCGCAGCCUGCGCCGUAUGCUCGAUGAUGAGAGCAACCAGAUUCUGCGGUGGACACCUAACGGCCGCGCCUUCGAGAUCCUCGACAUGGACCGAAUGAUGAACGAGGUGCUGCCCAAGUACUUUAAGCACCGCAAGUACACAAGCUUCCAGCGUCAGCUCAACUACUUUAGCUUCAAGAAGUGGACCAAAUCCAAGGCUGUCGUCUGCACAUUCUCUAACGAUUGCUUCUUACGCGACCGCCCCGAUCUCUCGUGGCGCAUCACACGCAAGAAAUCGGUGCACACGGGCGGCUUCACGCCGCGGAAGUCCCGACCAGCGACCGUGGAUACACCACCAAAGACUAAAGGCAAUCUUGAACCCACCAAGCUCCAGCUCGUCCCGCGCAAAGGCUCAUGGAAGCGAGAUAUCGCCAUCCGCGUGCCGCGAGUGCCCAGUGCCGUGCUGAUUGGCAGUCCAUAUGCCAGGGGCUGCCCGUUUCCGUCGCCUACCGAUGUGGACAUGAUGCUUAUGGAGAGCGACGUAGAGCCCCAGAAGUAUAACCACCCGAGCAACAACUUUGUCUCGCCGACCCUAAGUGAGCAGGAAGUGGACUCGCUCGAGUGGAUCGACAACUUUCUACCUUCAUUCGAGGCAGCCCCUCAGCAAGACGAGCCAAUGUUCGUCGGGAACACCGUGGACGUGACCGCGAGUGCACUCAAGCGCCAGACGACGCAUUAUCUUUUCCCCUCGCUGCAUUCAGUAACAGGAGACUACGUGUGUCUGACUUCCAUGUAA